GUCAUACGAUAAGAUGAAAACAAACAAUACAAGAGUUGGAGGUUAUUUCAUGUGCACGCCGAUAAUUCUUGUGCAAUAACAAUCUAUCGGAUUUAUUAUAAAAUCGUCACAGCGGAAGUAUGAGAUAUAAAUGAAUUUUCAAUGACUCAGGGAUCGGGCGGGCAUGAGAAUCGGAAUUUUAGUGACGAAUUGAUAGUGUCAGUGAUCAAAGUCUAGUGAGAGAUUUGUGAAAUUAUUUAUUUAUUUGGAGGAUCUUUAAAAUUCCAGCGAUUUUAAAAUAAAUAAAUGAGGAAUAUGAGAAGGGAAUCUCAUUAUACACCAUUAAUUGGUGAAGAUUACAGUCAGAAUUAUAGAAUCGUAAUUUCUCUACCGAAAUUUGCGUGGGUUACAGUGUCUCUACCGUUUUUUGCAUUUCUGUUCUGUAUUUUCUGGUCUGUUCUUUACAAUUUUGAACAUGCGACCUUCACACACUGUCAGGUCUAUAACGUGUUGCCAUCAAUAUCAGCUGCGAUUGGUAACUACACGCCUCAGAAGAAUAUCUGGAAGACUGCUAUUGCCAUGCAGGCAGUCAAUCGGUUUAUAAUCUUCACUCUCUAUUAUUAUUACUACAAGGAAAUUGCUACCAAAUGGGCUGAGGGAGUCAGCAGAGCUGCUUUGUUCACUUACGCUGUGGAGAAUAUAUCCUUGGUGACCUUGAGCUUCUGGACUUCCAGUGAAAAUUACGCUUUCCAUAAACUCUCCUUCAUCACUUUCCUCAUCAUUUCCAUAGUCCACAUGGGAUUGGCGAUAUACAUCGAGAAAAACUGUAGGUCUGUGUCGAAAGACGUCCAUGAGCAGAGAUCGUACGUCUUGAAGACGAGAGCAAUGACUGCCAAUAUUUUCUGUAUAUUUAUGGCUUGUUACUUCUUCUGGAGACACAAUACGUAUUGUGAACCUCUUGUGUAUUCUAUGUUUGCCUUCUUCGAGUACAUGGUCGUCUUGACGAAUAUGGCUUUCCACGUGACAGCAGCCUGGGACUUCGCUGGUAGAAGUCUGUUGUUAUCAAUGAGAGGAGUGAGAAUAGUCUAAUUUGUAAAUAUUUGUACAUAUCAUGAAUGUUUAUAUAAUUAAUUGACUGGAGUUGUUAGAUCGUAAGGAAUGAAUGGAGUUGAUGAAAAAAUAUCAGAUUUAAUCAUGUA